UUUUUUUUUGGGCGUGUCUGCUCCUUUCUUUUUUUUUUCAAUGUCUUCUUUUGAUAUACGAAACUUAGCUCCUGAAUUAUCCUUUGAUAGUACUAAUGAUACCUCUCUUUAUGCACAUAUUACUGACUCCAACGAUGAUAGUGUCACUAUCCUGACACGUGUUUGGAUGAACGAACGUAAUGCACCUGAACUACUCCCUUACCAAAAACAUCUUAUAGACAAUCUCAUCGAUUCGCUUGAAGAGCAGUCUGGCCUAGUAACAGAUGAAAUGGCUUCAAGUAUAGAAAACAAAUUUAUGUCCAUGUUAUAUCAAACUGAAAUGGAACGAAUACGGUAUUUGGUGAAAAGUUACUUACGGACACGUUUAUUCAAAAUUGAAAAAUAUACCUUGGAACUAUUACGAAACCCUGAUUAUACAGAAAUCAUGUCCUCACAAGAAAUUGUUUAUGCGCGAAGGUACCAAGAACUAGUAGAAUCACAUAAUCACGAAUCAUUUUUACAUCAUCUUCCCGUGGCACAGCAUAAACAAGACGAAAAGACAGCAGAAUUAGAUAUGGUUGUCUCGGCGAAUCUUGAAGCACCUGUGUUUUGCAAAGUAUUAGAUGACAUUGGCGAAAUUCAUUGGAAUGUAAAUGAUUCAACCGAGACUACUGAACUUGAAAAGGGUGGGACCUAUAUUAUUCGAUAUCAAGCCAUUCAACAAUAUCUCAAAGAGGAUCGUGUACAACUGAUUUAGAUUUAGUAGGAUUAGAAUAGCUAUGGUUAGAAUCGGUAAACAAUAAAAAAAAAAUUCAAACUUGUUUGUUGAUGGUAUAAGGUUGAUCUUGACAAAGGGAUUAUCGAUGGGCGGAAAAAAAAGGGACCAGGG